UUCACUCAGCGUCGGCCGCUCUUAUUUGUCCCUCUGCGGCCCCCGUCGGAGUUGCAGGAAGGGGUGGGCUGUCUGUGCCGCCGCAGUUCAGCGAUGGCGGAAUAUACCUGCGUGAAAUCUACCAAGCUCGUUCUCAAGGGGGCGAAGCUGAAAAGUAAGAAAAAACACAGAGAUAAGAAAAGAAAAAGAGAAGAAAAUGCAGAAGAUCAGCUUGAUAUUGUUGGAAGCUGGUGGGCAGUAAAAAAUUUUGGUGAAAUCACAGGAACUGUGGCAAUAGAACUGGACAAGGGAGCUUAUAUCCACGCUCUUGACAAUGGCCUUUUUACACUUGGAGCACCACAUAAAGAGGAUGAUGGCCCUAGUCCUCCUGAGCAGUUUACAGCAGUAAAGUUGUCUGACACCAGAAUUGCACUGAAGUCUGGCUAUGGCAAAUACCUUGGCAUAAAUUCAGAUGGUCUUGUUAUUGGACGAUCAGAUGCAAUUGGUUCAAGAGAGCAAUGGGAACCGGUCUUCCAAGAUGGGAAAAUGGCUUUAUUAGCAGCAAAUAGCUGCUUUAUCACCUGUAAUGAAGAGGGAGAUAUAGAAGCCAAAAGUAAAACUGCAGGGGAAGAAGAAAUGAUAAAGAUCCGUACUUGUGCUGAAAGAGAAGCUAAGCAGAAAGAUGACAUUCCAGAAGAAGACAAAGGAAAUGUUAAACAAUGUGAAAUCAAUUAUGUAAAGAAGUUCCAAAGUUUCCAAGAUCGUAAGCUCAAAAUAAGCCAAGAAGACAGUAAAGCUCUCAAAAAAGCUAGAAAAGAAGGCAGUUUCCAUGAGACGCUGCUGGACAGGCGAGCAAAAUUGAAAGCCGAUAGAUACUGCAAGUGACAAAAACAAUUCGCUUGUUUGCUUGCUUUUAUAUCCUUUGGUUGUCCAUAUGAACAUACUAUCUGAAUAAGACAUUUUGCAAAAGUGACUUUAUUAAUGCAAAGACUUUUUUGUUCCUACUUCUCAGUAGAGUUAUUUUACACACCAUUGAAAUUUGGUAUGCAGAAUUUGAUCCAAAACCAAACAGCUUUAGCAAAUUGAAUUGUCGAAGGUUGAGAGAAGCAACUCAGUAGUCUGAAGGUCAUGAUGAACAAUCAAGAAGAGAAGAGCUGAAUACAGAACCAAACUACAAAGUUGCCCCGACAAAUUGUAUUUUCAUGAAUAAAUAAAUAUUUUAUCAAACUAAUGUCUCUCUGAACAUAUGGGACUGAAGUCUCAGCUUGACUUCAGUGAAGCUAUGCUGCCUGAUACCAGCUGAGGAUCUAGAUGGUUUUCAAUAUUUAUAGAGAACAAUGGGUCAUUCAUUAAGGGAGUACUUGCAUAAACUAUGUACUUGAAAAAUAGUAUGAAGAAAUGUAGAAAUUGAGGUUCUUCAUGAGAAAAGGAGACCCUUUAAUUACUCAUACGUUGCUGAUGUUUUUAUGUUUUAGCAAAAUUUGCUCACUUAAAGCUGUGAGAUGGACUUGUUCCUAUCUUUUAAAGUAAAAAUGUUAAAGAAUGUUUAAAAUGCAGAUACUGUACAUUCCUAAUAACUAUUAUGUAGAAUGCUGGUUGCUAUUUAUGCUUGUUACCAAAAUUUUAUUUUAAUAAAAUCCCUUUAUGGGAACUAUUCUAACUGUACUGAUUGCAACACCACCUUCACAAUUCAGCUCUAACCUGUCUUCAAAAAGUUACUGGUUUCCAUGCUCAGCCUUUCCAUCUCAAAUCUUACUUCUUGUGAAGGCCAUAAUUUAAGUUACCUACAUGCAACGUGUAGGCUGUACUGUUUUUUGUGGCUUUAAAUUUGGAGCAUGCAAUUGCCUAUAACCUAAGGCAGGGGUAGUUAAUAAGGAGAGUACAAGCCAAAUCUGGACAGCCAGACACUUUUGAAUGGCCCCCAAAAUCUUUUAUUUACUUACUAUUGUCGUUAUUGUUAUCUGGCAUCGGGACCUUGACUAUAUCUUGACCAAGAAAUUUGGAUCUUGACAAAAAAUAAUUGACUACGCCUGACCUAAGGCAUAAAAAUGGGAUCACUAAAAGAACAGGUAGAGUCUGAGCAUAAAUACCCAUCAGCGUAAGGCAGAAAGACAGUAUUGCCAGUUUAAAGUUAUGUCAUUUCAUAGUCAGCCUAUGUAAAAAUGAAACAGGGUGAACUUAAUUGCCUAUAUUCAGAACAAGUUAAAACUGGUGUUGAAGCCCAAUUAAGAAAUAAUUGCACUAGUAGAGCCGUAUACACAUGAAAGCAUGUGUCACUGUUGUCAGGGAGUCAUAAGAAAAACAGGUGCAUAGCUUGUACAAAUUUAUAUUGCUGAAAAACUCUCAGCUGACACACACAAUUUUACAGUCCCUCAUCACAUAAAAAGCUAACUGAUUAUUUACUGUAUCAGGAUUAGGAAUGGGUGCUUGGGAAAGUUUACUAGUUCUCUGCUAACUAAGCACCUUGAUUGUUGGCUCUCCCACAUGACUUUAAUGCCAGGAAUCUAAUGGUCUGUUUUAUUUUAUACUCUUAAAAAGAUAAAGGAUCCAAGCUUUAGGUAACAUAGCGCAGUGGAGUCCAACUCUUAGUUUUUUAGAAAAUAUAUAUUGAACAAAAUAAAAACCAUAACACUUGUCCAUUAUAUUAUCACCUACUUUUUUAUCCCUUGUUGCUGUUUGUCUAGAUGUACCAGAUCAUUCUCUGUUUAAUCUUCAUGCAGAGAGGAUUCUGCACCUAGGUAUCCCUCAUGGAAGGAUGGGAACCAUCAGCUGUACUGUUCCCCUGUGUCCCUAGUCCUGAAGAGAGCCCUCUGCAGGUCUGAGAAAUCAUAGGAGAGAUAGGGAAGUGCUUGGGAAUGCACAUUCUCCUGCCCAUGCUGCAGGGAUCUCACACAAAAGUUAAUAUAACGUGAGGCUGUAUUCCUCCUGUUGGGAAAUAGGUUUUCAAGGGGAAUCUUUGUCACGUGGCUCAUUUGCUGCUGUGCUGCCAGGGAGUUGGAGGGAGGAUCAAGAGACCUCCAGAGCUGUAGUGGAGUCAGAGGGCCUCCAGGCAUAUAGCUUUUGCCUCCAGGUAGAUCUCAGCAGAUCUACUUAUUCCACAGGGUAGUCAAACUUAUUACUCAGAAGAAAAAUGGGCAGAAACUCUGCCAUUUUUCCUUCCCAAGCCUUUUUGUGUGAGACUUUGCCUGGGCAGAGGACUGGUCUACAUGAGGAAAUUUACAGCCAUACUACCAGUAUAAUUAUACUGGUAUAAUUUUCCAAAUAGACACGCCCUUAAAUAGUAAGCUCACUGGAAGGCCCAUAAGACUUAUGGGGUUGAUAGAAAUAAGUUAGAAUACAGAGACAUGCCAAGCUGUAAGAAUGACUAACAACAUGAUAAACUAAUCAGAACGAGAAAUUGCCAUCACUUUUGUCACUUAUGUCCAUUUUAUUCAGUGUAUCUGACAGUAUCAAUUAACAGAUGCAUCAAAGGUGAGUGCAAGAAACCGCACAGUAGACAAUUGUGGUCUAACCUGACCUUCAGAAAAGUUUCUCCUUAAUCUCUGUUACAUAUGCCCUGAAGUAUGAGGGUUUAUAGCCUUUCCUAAACAUAAUUCUAAUGCUGGACAUUUACUUGUCUAAUCCUUUUUUGUAUGCAGUGACCUGAAGAAGAGCUCCAUGUAAGCUCGAAAGCUUGUCUCUCUCCUCGACAGAAGUUGUUCAAUAAAAGAUUAUUUCACCUAC